CCCCUCCACUCCAUCCCAAUGUGCCCAGGUGGUACUGUUGCCGUACCAGACUGUACCUAUCUCGCCAGAGCUGAUCAACUGCAUCAACUUCCCAAGUCUUCUGUGUCAUUCGACCUAAUUACCUAAUUCCUCAACCUGGCUGCUAUUUGAUGAGACGUACCAGUACUAAAAGGUUAUCACAAGUCUAUCUAACUCUUAACGUCGCGUGAACCUGUAUCGGACAGUCGAACAACUCAAACAGCUCUCCGUAUCACCAGGAGUCAGCAGUGCGGCGCAUCAUCGCCCUCCCAACAGGCAGCGCCGCCAUUUCACCUACCCCGGACCCCUUACCGAACUGUUCUCAGCCUGCGGAAGACUCUCUUCUCCUAGACCAGAUAGCCACUCAUGGCAACCAAUGUCAAGGUCGUAGGGACCGACUUACGACAGGUGACCAUCAAAGUCAACCCAGGCACAUACCUCACCGAAGUUCUAGAACAAGCAUGCACAAAGCUCAAGAUCCCAAACAAUAAGUACCUGUUAAAACAUAAGCAACGGCAACUCGACCUCAGCCAAACUUUCCGGACAUCUGGCCUUAUUCCAGGCGCCCGGUUAGAACUUGUCGUUCGGGCGAACACACCAAGUGCCGUCAACGUUGCUCUACAACUACCACCCCCCGAAUCUAGCCUCUUCCCCCCUCACGGACGUGUAAGCGAGAAGCUACCAAGCGACUUCACAAUAUGGCAGAUACUACGGCAGUUCGAGAGCGGCAAAGCCAGCGCGGGAAAGAACGUGAACAUCACUGCUAGAGCGGUGCCGCAGACGAACAAUGGUACACAAGCGGGUAGUGGACAGCUAUACUAUGAGAUGCCGAAUAUUGUAAUAGAGAAUCGAACCCUAUCGACCUUUGUCGACUUUCAAAAGACGUUGGCUCAGCUGGGCUACAAUUCGGGCGGUGUCUUAAUACGUCUCUCAUUUCAAAAGACCACGCAGUCGUUGACAGAUGCUAUGAGAGAAAUCGAAGAGUACUUCAAGUCUCAGGAACAGGAGAGUACGCCGCAGAAAAUUCAAGGCGCUGACACAAAAGAGAUGGAAGGGACAUCGGGGAGUAGAUCUGAGCCUCCCGCUCCGGCAAGUGAAGCACCCGCAACACCCAAAUCAACUGAAGUUGUCUCGCCGCCCGUCUCAAAUCAAGAGCCCGCUAGUAUUCAGGACAACGCAGUAAACGACUCUAUGGACAUCGACGAGCAGUCCGGGCAGCGGCCCGUCACAAUCUUCUCGGCUCCCACAUCAUCUACCCCAAUAGCGGCUUCACGGCUAGAUUCAGAAGAAGACUACGCCCCCGGCAUUAGUCACGCAAAGGCGCACCAGAAAAUGCUAAAGUCAUUAGGAGAGAACAAGCGGCUCCUCUCAGAUCAAGAACUCGAGGAGAAGGCCGCCAUAGAAGAGGCAAAAGUAGCCGCCAUUAAAUCCAUCAAGAUCAAGGUGCGGUUUCCCGACAACUUUUCCGCCGAAUGGACGUUCGGGCCGGCAGACACAGGUGCAAGCCUUUACAGUGAGGUCAGGGAUAUAAUGGCCAACAACUCUCCGUCAUUUAAACUUGUGCUUCCCGGCACGCGGACCAUUAUCAAGGAUGAUGGGGAAAGCAAGCUAAUCAAGGGAUACCGGCUCAACACUAACACGCUCGUCAACUUCUUAUGGGACGACAGUGUAGCUGCUGACGUCAGGCGUCAACCGUUUCUAAAGAGCAGUGUGGCUGGUCAAGCACAACAAGUCGUCGUACCUGAUGUGCCCGAAGUUGAAGUGAAGGAAGAUGGGCAAAGUGUGCCGGUGCAAGCGCCUAAGCCGAAGAACGACGGUGAUGGCUCGGGUUUUAAGAAACCCAAGUGGCUCAAGGGAUUUGGCAAGAAGUAAAGUGACGUUGCUAGAUUCAGACUCGCGCAGGCCGUCGUAGUUAAUGGAGGAAAGCACUGGGGUGUCUUUACUGAUUCUGAUCGACGAGACAAACGACUGCGUUAGCAUAGAUUUGGAGUUUUCAUGGGUGGCAUUCUACUUCAGUGUAUUUGAAUACAUCAUGUCACUGCGCACAGUCGCACCGAUUGUAGGAAA